AUGGCGCCUAGACGACGUGACGACUCGGAGGAGCCCCAACCACUGCCCCCAAACAAAAGAAGGCGUACUGACGGCAACCCCUCUGACCAAGACGAGGGAGCCACUGCACCAGCCACACGAGACUUGAGGCAUACCAAUCAGGUACACAGUGAGAUGACGGCACAGUACGGGGGCGAAGACCUCCCGCUGCCUCAGUUUGUCGGCUUGUGCGGUUACCUUUGCACAAUUCUUCGAUGGGGCUACCACGUCCACACAGUCGACCUGGACGCUUUUGUUCAACUCCAUUCGUCGUUUGUCGGCAAGCUUCCAGACUUCGAACGAGAGCAAAGUGACGUGAGCAAUCCUCUCAUCCCAUCCUACCACGAGUGGUACCUCGAACAACCGAGCGAAGUACGCGAGCUCUACACCUCAUCUAUCCUCACCGAAGCACGACUGCGAGACAUCUGGCGGGAGAACCACUACGAGUUUCUCAAAGUGGAAUUGAGCUUGAUCAAGAUUGGCAAGGACCGCAAAGCACACCACGAAUUUCUCCUUCGGCAUGGAGGAACACAGCACAACGGGAGUGUUCCACCAGGUGACGGUCCUUUGGGGGAGAGACAGGCGUUCUUGCCUCCCUCGGAGGAGCAGGACGGCACGAGCGAACCUGACCAUGGUGACCGCAUGGACCAAGUGCAGCGUGAUACACUCUAG